AUGCUUUUUUUUUCUUUAUUCAAAACACUAGUAGACCAAGAAGUUGUGGUGGAGUUGAAAAAUGGAGUGGAGAUAAAAGGUGUUUUAAAAUCAGUCGACCAAUUUCUAAACUUAAAAUUGGAUAACCUACAAGAAACUUCGGUUUUUAAACAAUUACCACAUCUAUAUGCAGUAAGGAAUAUUUUCAUUAGAGGAUCUAAUAUAAGGUAUGUUUACUUAAAGAAAAAUAUGAUUGACACCAAUUUAUUACAAGAUGCAACGAGGAGAGAAGCUAUUAGUGAAAAAAACAAAUAG